CGCACAUUCUUGACAGCUGGAGGCGGGGAGCACGGAGGAGCGCAGGGUAUAAGAGCAGCCAGGCUCGCUUUCUGUUUGUAUCUCUGGAUCUAGAGUCCAAGGCGCCCUCGAGCUACUUUCUACAGCGGGAACGAGCACAGGAACCUAUUCAACAUGUGUGACGACGAAGAGACCACCGCCCUGGUGUGCGAUAACGGUUCCGGCUUGGUGAAGGCUGGUUUCGCCGGAGAUGACGCCCCAAGAGCCGUCUUCCCCUCCAUCGUCGGCCGCCCUCGUCACCAGGGUGUCAUGGUCGGUAUGGGUCAGAAAGACUCCUAUGUGGGAGAUGAGGCCCAGAGCAAAAGAGGUAUCCUGACUCUGAAGUACCCCAUCGAGCACGGCAUCAUCACCAACUGGGAUGAUAUGGAGAAGAUCUGGCAUCACACCUUCUACAAUGAGCUGCGUGUGGCCCCUGAGGAGCACCCCACCCUGCUCACAGAGGCACCCCUGAACCCCAAGGCCAACCGUGAGAAGAUGACGCAGAUCAUGUUUGAGACUUUCAACGUCCCCGCCAUGUACGUGGCCAUCCAGGCCGUGCUGUCCCUGUAUGCCUCCGGCCGUACCACCGGUAUUGUGCUAGACUCUGGUGAUGGUGUGACACACAACGUGCCCAUCUAUGAGGGUUACGCUUUGCCCCACGCCAUCAUGCGUCUGGAUCUGGCCGGUCGUGAUCUGACUGACUACCUGAUGAAGAUCCUGACUGAGCGUGGCUACUCUUUCGUCACCACUGCUGAGCGUGAGAUCGUUCGUGACAUCAAGGAGAAGCUGUGUUAUGUCGCCCUGGACUUUGAGAAUGAGAUGGCCACCGCUGCCUCCUCCUCCUCCCUCGAGAAGAGCUACGAGCUUCCCGAUGGCCAGGUGAUCACCAUUGGUAAUGAACGUUUCCGCUGCCCAGAGACCCUCUUCCAGCCUUCCUUCAUCGGCAUGGAGUCCGCUGGCAUCCAUGAGACCGCCUACAACAGCAUCAUGAAGUGUGACAUUGACAUCAGGAAGGACUUGUACGCCAACAACGUCCUGUCUGGCGGCACCACCAUGUACCCUGGUAUUGCUGACCGUAUGCAGAAGGAGAUCACUGCCCUGGCACCCAGCACAAUGAAGAUCAAGAUCAUUGCUCCUCCUGAGCGUAAGUACUCCGUCUGGAUCGGCGGCUCCAUCCUGGCUUCUCUGUCCACCUUCCAGCAGAUGUGGAUCACCAAGCAGGAGUACGAUGAGGCCGGUCCCAGCAUUGUCCACCGCAAGUGCUUCUAAGUUCUCUGCCUCUCCCGGACCAACCUCCCGCUUGGGAACUCGCUGCUAUGAGUUAUUUCAUAACAGCAUCUUCCUUCCCCCUACUUCAUAAACACAUCAACGUCAAGAAACGUAGGGAGUAAAAACAAGGAAUCGUGUUCACUCUGUUUUAUGGAGAUUCCUUACUGAAGACUGUAACACUGUAUGUAAGUGAAGGAACCACGUUAGUGCCAAAAAAUUCUGGAUUCUGGAACCAAUCGUCAGUGACAAUAACCUACGACAGCGCAUUAAUAAACUGACAUGUGGGUUGGAUCAACCACAACAAGGCUCAGGCAUCAACAUUGUCAUCUCUCAACAAAGCAAAGCUUGCCUUUAAAACCACUGUACUGUACAUUUGGUUGCCUUGAGUCCUUUUCCACUUCUUCUGUCUGUGUGUGUUGUUUUUCUGAAUAGCACAAAAAUUAUAUAAAAUAUCUAUUUUUGAA